AUGGCGGCGUUCGCGCGGCGCAAGGCGCAGCGGCUCGCGCGGCCCGACCCCAGCCGGAAGCGCGCGCUGGACGCGCGAGCCGCGGAGCUGGCGCGGCUCCUGAACGCGCGCGAGCGCUUCUGCACCGCGAGCUCCUGCGACGGGAGGGUCACCGUGACGGACACGCACGGCACCGGCAUCCAGAAGAAGAACUGCACCUGGCUCCUGGUCACGCAUGACCCGUGUGUCAAGGGCGAUGUGAUGGCAGCACUGGAGAAAGCCACUGGUGAUGCUGUGUUCAAGUUUGAACCGUUUGUUCUUCACGUGCUGUGUCGGGAGCUGCAGGAUGCACAGCUGCUGCAUUCAGUGGCCAUUGACUCUGGGUUCAGGAACUCUGGUAUUACAGUUGGCAGAGGAGGAAAAAUUACAAUGGCUGUGCGGAGCACUCACUGCUUAGAAGUUCCAUUGAGCCACAAAGGGAGAUUGAUGGUCUCCGAAGAAUAUAUUGAAUUUCUGGUGCAUGUGGCCAAUCAGAAAAUGGAAGAAAACAUAAGGAGGAUUGACAGAUUCCACAAGGGCCUGGAGCUGGCUCUGGAAGCUGCUGUCCCUGCAGACACCUCAUUUCCCAAGGUGCCACAGAAGAGCCACGCUGUGUACGUGCACAGAAGGAAGAGAAGGACUGCUCAGGGACAGGCUGAUCCCAGCAGAGAGCUGGAGCCCCAGGAUGAUGCUGAAAGCAGUCUUGCUCUGUUUGCUGAAAUCAUGAUAUAGACUGAGGCAUUUGUAAGCAAAUGGUGAACUGAAAAAUGACUGUAAUGCUCUUUUUGAGAGAUUUAUGUACUCCUGUGCUCCAAGUAGUAAUACUUUCAUGGACGUUGACCAGAACAAAGGUAAUUAACAGGACAGUGAGCAGGUGUUGCUACAGGACACAGGGAACAAAGCCACAGAACGUUUUGGGAGUUUUUCAAGAGUACUGUUGAAUUAACAAAUUGAUACUCCAUCAGUUAUCCCAGAAGGGGCUGGUUUGAUGCAGUCUUUGGCCGUUCUGUGUGGCAGCAUUUCACUUCCUGGGUUCUGCAGGCCCAGCUGGCUCUGCAGGUUUCUCCCUGAGGGAGGUGGAGAGGUGCUGGGGACAAGCACUGAAGACUGAAGACCAUCCACUCGUGAGACAGUCCAUACCUGAGGUGGGAAUUCCACAGAAGCCUUCCAGAAUAACACUGUGUGCACCUGUCUCAGACCUGAUGUGUGGGCUGGUUAAAGUGGGACUCGACCCAGGGACGUAAUUCCUAACAGUGCUGGCCAGGAGCUGUGUGAACAAAACAGUCCCACAGCCCCUGGGGCAGCCAAGGCUCCUGCAGCAGGGAGGGCACCGUGGCUCCUCGGCUGUGGGGACAGGGCUUGUGUCAGACCUUGCAGUCACCGUUUUCAGACCUUCCUCUCCACUCUGAGGCUCCACCACCUGGCUGGGCUGAACUGAAGCCCCAGGGCUGCUGUAAACAAAGAACAGCCUCUGCCUCCAUGCAGAGGGUCUUGCCCACCCUGCUGCCUUAGCAAAGCCCUGGGGAGCCCCUGUUGCCACCCCCACUGCUGGGAGCCCCACUGUUCCUGCUGAGCCCUCUUUGCCACCUGGGGGGCACGUCUUGCACACAGAGGAGGUGGUUGUUGCUUGUGGAUUUCAGGGAGUUUGUUCAGGAUAGUCUGAACCCACCUCUGCACGUGCAAUUUAUUAAAAUGUCUGAGCAGCACCAAGCACAAGCAGUGCCCACAGAUGCUCUAACAGCCAAACCCUCAGCCUGUGUAACAGCACUGCAGUGUUUACAUUCUGAGCAAUACAGUUUGUCAGAAACUGAUGUGUGGUGUGAUCUCACUAAAAGUUCAGGGAGACGUUUUGGCAUCUUAACACAAAAAUGUUACCCGAACUGUUGCCAUCUUGUUACUUUAUUCCCAUUAUCUCUAAUGGUUGAAGACUGCUGGGGACUUCAUACUAACACUAAACAAGACCCUACAACAAGAAGCAUAAAGGAUCAGGGCAACUUGUUGCUUCAGUAUGUAGAACAGUUUUUGCAAGGUUUUUGUCAUUUUUUUACACCCCAUCCAAGGUUGCAUUGGUGAUGCUGAGGUGGUUUCAGCACCCUGACACCAUUCUGGGACCAGGAAUGCCUUCCUCCAUGCACCACUGCCCUUACACCAGGGAUCACACCUUGCCCCGUGUUCUCCCAGGUUCCACCAGCUCGUUUUGAGGUUAAUUUUGUCAAGCUGUGUUUUAUUUCCAGCUGCUGUGUGGGACUCUGAUGGGCUGUAAAUGUGCAGAGCACGGGCAGCCAUUGGGAAGAGCAUCCCAAGGCAGGCAGUGGAGGCAGCACCCCUGAAAAGGGGACUCUGGGGGUUAUGGCUGAAGGGAAACAAGGCUCCUAAAACUAUCAAAUCUUUACCAUUUGUCAGUGUGCUUAGCCACUUAAUUAACCUAAAAGGUAUUUUUACGCUUGCUCUCACUGUGUUAAAAUUUUUAAAAUUACAAUUUUACUCCCUGUGCACUCGGUUGUUUCAGGGGAGGCAGAAUUGUUCAUUCACUCCCGGAGCUGAUUGUCAUUUCUCGCCCCACAGCAUUUCACAUGCACACCAGGAAACCACUCAAAUCAGCCCUGCAGCAUUCCCAGCUGGUUGUGCCACAGGUUCCGAGCCAGUUGUGCUCCCCAGCACAUCCAUGCGCUCGGGCACAAGGUCACGGAUUCACUGGGAUAAUUCUGUACACGCAGAUCACAGAUGUCAGGGGCACAAGUGUUCGUUUGAAACGGCUUCUUCCUCUGAAAUUCGGGUACUUAAAAUGGUUUACAGGAGCCUGGCAGUAGCAGCUGCAGAGUGCAGUGAAAUCUGUGUUUUCACAUGGGGUUACACCUCUCUGGACCAGGGCGGCUUUGCAGCUCUCAGCCUCCACUCCUGCCUGGGCUUCACUUGAAUUUAACCAAGUCUUAACUUUAAUUUAAGCAGGCUCAAGUUUUCUAAAUUUAUCAUGUUAAAUAUAUCAUGCACUGAAGGCUUAGCAGCUCUUCUGUGCUUUUGGUUACUGAAAAUAAAAUUGUUUUGCAAUA